UAACGUCCCUGCUAUUCAUACCAUGCAGGUUUGCUAUUGGACGAAUGUGACUGGAAUAGGCGGGUGUUAUCUGCGUGGCAGUGUCGAAGGGGGUGGGGCGUUAGGGUCGGACAGGAAAAGAGAAGGAAAGCGAAGACACCCGAGAGAGACAUAAACGAUGGCUGCCAUCCGUAAGAAGCUGGUGAUCGUAGGGGAUGGAGCAUGCGGGAAGACGUGUCUGCUCAUCGUCUUCAGUAAAGACCAGUUUCCCGAGGUCUACGUCCCCACAGUGUUCGAGAACUACGUUGCCGACAUUGAGGUCGACUGCAAGCAGGUGGAGCUGGCACUGUGGGACACAGCUGGGCAGGAGGACUAUGACAGGCUCCGCCCCUUAUCUUAUCCCGAUACCGACGUCAUCCUCAUGUGCUUCUCCAUAGACAGUCCUGACAGUUUGGAAAACAUUCCUGAGAAGUGGACGCCAGAGGUAAAGCACUUCUGCCCAAACGUUCCCAUAAUCCUUGUGGGCAACAAGAAGGACCUACGCAACGAUGACCACACACGCCGGGAACUAGCCAAGAUGAAACAGGAGCCAGUGAAGCCUGAGGAGGGCCGGGAGAUGGCCAACCGAAUCAACGCCUUCGGCUACCUGGAGUGCUCGGCCAAAACCAAGGACGGAGUGAGGGAGGUGUUUGAGAUGGCCACUAGGGCGGCGCUGCAGGCCAAGAAACGGGGCAAGAAGAGUGCCUGCCUCCUGCUAUAGAGGUCCAAGGAAAGAAGGGGAGUGGGGGGGGGGGGUGGGGGGGAUGUAACCAUACCCAGGAAGGGAGGGGCAAUGUGGCCUCUGGGUUCCUGGGGAGGCGGGUGGGCUGGGUGUGGGGUGCAGGGUGGGGCACGGGAGCAGGGGGCAGGAGGAGAGAUUCUAACCAGGCCAAAGGAGAUGGAGGGGAAGAUGGAGGGAAUACCAUUGUCGAUUCCACACCUAUAAGAGCAGGGAUCACUGGGGGGGGGCAGGGAGGGGUACAGGAGAGUGGGGGUGAACAGGCUGGUCUUUCAGCGGUUCUGGUUUUUUUAAAAGUUUUUUUUUUUUUUUGAGAUUAUUUAGUACAUGCUCGUUUCGGAAGGUUCUCUGGGUUUUGAGGAAUAGGGUGGAGAUUAACACUCCACACCAGAAGCAUGCUCACUGUUUCCCCUCAGUGAGACAUGGCUCGUCUGUCUUUUGUUGUUUGAGUCUGCAUAUGGCCGUGUGACCGUGCGCAUCACUUCCUGUGUGAAAGUUCUCCACUGUACGUGUGAUAUGGGCAGACCCCCCCCCCAAAAAAAAAAAACCUGUAAGUGAGAUCUUUGGACAGAAAGUCAAGUUUAAUAUUCCAUUAAAACCAACCAGCUGCUUUUGAUUUAUUUAAAUACCUACAACUGUUUUUAAAAAAUGUUUUACUUUAAAUAUGACAUUCGCAUCAAAACACAACAAAAAUAUAAAUAAAGCCAAUGCUUAUGCAGUUUUUCUGAGUUAUAUGCCGGUUUGUGUAGAUGUUUGAAAAUAAAUGAGUCAUAUAGCUUUGUUUGAUCACUUGCUCUGAUUUUCAGUGAAAUGUAGAGAUGAAUUUGAUCAGGAUGAAUUCCCCUUGCAGCACACCAGUGGGUAUGCAGUCAGGUGAUGGAAAGUGGUAUUACUUAGUAUUUGAUUCUAUAAAAGGGUUUUCAGAUUAAGUACUUGGGUUUUUUGUGCCAGGGUGGUUACGGGGAGUGUGUGAUAAGCUGCCGUCUCACUCUUCCCAGAUAAACAAGUCAGUUAUUCCCUCCAUCUUUCACUCCAUUUACCCCCUCCUUUUUUGUCUUUUUUUUAUUAUUAUUGUGGUUGUUUCCCCUUUACGGCUCCUGUAUUGUAUAUUUUAUUCAGUGUGAAACUCUACUGGCUCAUCCUUGUGUCUCUCGCCUCUUUCGCAAAGUCUGCAACUUUACCUUCAAAAGAAAAAUGAAAAAAAGUAUAAAAAGUAAUAAAAAAAAGAAAAAGAGCAAACAACUAAAUAUUAUACUAUUAACUUUUUAAGACCUUGCAUUUGAUUGUUGUAAAAAAAAAAAACGGAAGAAAAAAAACUGAGCAACAGAAAAUAAAUCUUGGUGCAAAUAACCUUUUGUACACACGCAUCCUGGAAUUUCCUCAGUCUGCUUUUAAACGUACUUUAAGAAAAAUAAAUUGUUUUUAGGGUAA